AUGAAUAUUCUUCCGAAGAAAAGAUGGCAUGUAAGAACAAAAGAAAAUAUUGCAAGAGUGAGGAAAGAUGAAGCUGAAGCAGCUGAAAAAGAAAGGCAAGAGAAAUUAAGAAUUGAGAUUGCUGAUAAGGAAGCACGCCUCCAACUACUAAAACAGAAGAGCAAACAAAAACUGAAGGAGUUGGAUGUUAAAAUCAUUGAAAAAGAGAUAUCCUCUACAAAACUAGAUCACAUUAACUUGUUUGCAGACUUAGAACAUUCAGUAACCACAACUAACAAAGAGCAUGAUUUGGAAGUAAAAGAGAAAAAAGAAGAAUAUGAAAAAAAGAUUGGAUACCUUACAUAUCUUGGCCAAGAUACUAAUGAAGCACAAAAGAAGAAGAAUUGGUAUGAAGUACUGCCAGAUGCAUCAAGAUACUCUAGGUCCAGUGAAAUAAAAGACACAUAUGACAAACUUGUCCUGAAAGAUUCUGAUGGAAAACCAAAGAGCAAAGAGUUAGAUAUAAAAGAUGGAGAAGUAUGUUGGAAAACAAAGCAGAAAUUAGAUCCAAUGAAUGCAUUUAAGAAAUAUUGUUCACAAAAGAAAAAGUCUGAUACAAGAGAAGAUGCGAGAAAUAGUAGUGAUUUGCAUGGCAAGAAGUCAUAUAAAGAGCAAAAAAAAGUGCCAAGUGACAAAAAAGAUGACAAGCUAACAAAACUAGAAAAAUUAAGAGAAGCACGACUUAAAAGAGAGCAGCAAGAAAGAUACAGAACUGAAGUAUUUUUAAAGAAACUGGGUGGAUCAGAUAUACCAAGUGAAGAGCAACCAAAGUCAGCUAAAGUAAAAGCAAAGUAUAACUCUCAAUUUAACCCAGAACUUGCUAGACAGAAUUAUAAA